AUGGACCCCCCGCGCGCACAACCGCGACGCUUCCGAAACCUCAACCUCCCCCCGCGGUUCCUCCGCAACACCGAGCAGCGCGCCUGGGAAUUCCAGACCCCCCGGACCCUGUCGCGCCCCUACGACCCCGUGAUCGACACGACCCUGCGCUCUUACCGCGAGGGCUCUGCCGCCGCGGACUUUGACAACCUGGAGCUCCGCGUCCGCACGCAAAAGGUCGACCUCACCUUCGUCUACCCGCGCGACCGCGACGUCGAGACGCUGUCCGCCGAGCAGCUGCGCCGCCUCCCGCCGUCCGUCCGCCGGAACCUGCGCACAUACGAGCGCACGCCGCGCAGGGAGCUGCUCGCCCGCGCGCCGGCUAUCGCGCCGCCGCCGGGGAUCCCGGACCCGGACGACGACAAGCCGCAGUGGGGGUACAAAGAGGACUACCUGUUCCGGGCGAAGCUGUCGCCGGACGAGGAGGCGGCGCGGGAGGCGCGCAGGAAGCGUCGCCGGGACAAGAAGAGGGAAGACGAGGAGGAGGAGCGCGAGGAGGAGGACGAGGAGCCGACACCGAAACGACAGCGUCGAGUAAGACCCCGACAGGAUGCGGGGAGGGGGGCCCUGCCACCGACCCCGUCCCCGACCCCGGUCCCGUCGAGCGAGGACCCCAUCCCGUCCAUUGAGUACUCCCACGCGGAAAUCGCCCAGGCCGACAACAACGUCCUGCUACUGGCAGGCCUCACCGACCCGGUUCCCCCGGCGCCCCCCGGUCCCCCAUCCGUGGCUGUCGUCGACCAGGACCCCGGCCCCGCGUCCGUUGCUGUCAACGGCUUCUUCGCCCUCCCCCCUCCGGUCCGGCGCCAAAUCUUCCGCCACCUCCUCGAGCUGGUGUACCGCAACCAGGGCCUGGCCCUCUCGCCUGUUGUGCUGCGCUGCAGCAAGCGGGCGCAGCGCGAGGGUGCCGCCGUGCUCUACGGCGAAAACGAGUUCCUGUACCUGCUCCGCGACGGCAACCCGACCAACCGCGUCGCCGACGUCGCGGCCCUGGGCUCCGACGACAGCCCGCACCAGGCCAGCGACGUCGAGGAGGAGCCCGAGUCCGGCGGGCCCGCCGCCCGCCGCCGAGGGGGCCGCCGGGGCCCGGCGCGGGGGAGGCCGCUGGAAAACUCCGACAUCAACUUGGACCGCUACGUGCGCUACGUGCGGCGCAUCGCGGUGGAGGCGGAGCACAACCGCUUCGACGAGGCCGCGCAGGAGCGCGCCGCGCAGGCGCUCCGCGCGGAGCACAACCGCUUCGACGAGGCCGCGCAGGAGCGCGCCGCGCAGGCGCUCCGCGUCUUCUCGGACGCGUACGAGUGGCGGCCGGAGGGCGAGAAGCUGCGCACCCGCCUGGCGAGCGUGGAGCUGCGCGUCGUCCCCGUCUGGGAGGCCAACCACGGCGGCGGUGAUGCCGGCGGCGGGGGCGGGUUCACGUUCCUGGACUGGUUCGCGGAGGAGGCGCCGCUGAUGCGGGCCGUCCGCGACCUGUCGUGCGACAAGGUGACGGUGCGACUGCUGCCGCCGCCGCAGCCGUCCCGGCGUCUGCGCGCGGCGGAACGGGAGGAGGGCGGUUUCGCGACCGAGCUGGACAUGGCGCACUUCCAGGUCGACAGGCUGGUGCGCGAGUUCGGGUUCAAGGACCCGUGGGCGGGCGACGAGCCGAUGCAGAGCGGGCGCGCGGCGCGCAUCGCGGAGAUGCAGGCCACGUUCGGGGCGCUGCGCGACAGGUUGGAGGCUGCAUGCCGCGACCCGGUCUACGGUCAACGGGGGCUCCCGCAGGCGGCGCUGACGGAGGAGGGGGAGGACCAGGACGGAGGGGAGGACCAGGACGGGGCGGUUGAGGAGGAGGAGGGGUUCGAGGAAGAGGAGAUUGUGGUGCAGGAUGAUGAUGAGGAUGACGAGGAUUACCAGGAUUAA